UAGUUGGACUAGAUGGCCCUCGGGGUCCCUUCCAACUCUACAAUUCUAUGAUUCUAUUAUAAAGAUACUUUGUUCCAGUUUGGCUUGCCAUGGCAGAGGCUGCUCAUUUCAUCAGAGCCGUUUCGCACGGAGUAUUUUGAGGAUGAGAUGGGAGUAAGCAUCCUCCCAACCCUGCCAGGACCGGAGGGGAGGGCGCUUCACCCACAGAUCGCCCAACACCUGCCCCCAAUCCAGAAGGCACGAGGGGGCUGGGGACGCUGGGUGGAAAGCAUCGUGCGUCUCUCGCAACUCUCCAAAGUUGCCGCCAUGAGUGAACUCCUGUUUUUUAAGAUUAAAAUUCGGACUUAAUUAAUGGGCAUGCUCUGAGUGAGGGGAGAUAAACUACUCUGCUAAUUGAUUCAGCCACUGAGGAGCUAAAGGAUUUGAGUGGAAGAGGGGUUAUCAUCACAAUGGAACUGGUAUGUUGGAACAAAAGGGGGAAUUAACCGUCAGCUGCUUCAGAUGACUGUCUUUCUCUCUGAAAUGCACCUAUGGUCUUUGAAGAGCACCUUGCAUGUUCAAGACCAAGACAUUGGAAUCUAUCAUUACUAUGACAAAAAGGAAGCAGAACCACAAGUGAACUUUGGCUGCUUAUAUGAGAAACAACAAUUAGCAGAAUCUCGAGAUUAUCCUUGGAUACUUAAGAACAAACGUCCGGAAAAGCUGCGAGACACACUUAAGGAGCUAGAGGAACUGAUGCAAAACAGUCGGUGUGUACUGAGCAAAUGGAAGAGCAAAUACGUCUGUCAGCUCCUCUUUCAUUCAGGUGUACUGGUAUCCCUAGGCCUUUCAGGGCCACAGCUGGAGCGAGUGGUGAUUGACAGAACCCUGAUGGGGAAGCUCAUCUCCGACACUAUCAGCGAUGCUGUUCUUACAGACAGUUUCAUGAUCUUGUCCUUUUGGGAGCAAAGCAAACUCUGCUUUAUUCAGUUCACAAAGAAGGCAAAUUCUCCUGAUGGAAACAUAAAGCUUGAGAAACUCUCCUCCUUGGAUUUUAAGAUAUCUUAUAUUGAUACACCUGAGCUAGGCAAUAGAAGAACAAAGCAUCAUCUGGCAAUAAAUAGCAAAGAAGACAGAGUUAUGUGCUGGUGGUUGACGGCAAAGGAUGAAGUGUGGCCUUGGUCUCCUGGCUCCAGUGAAAGGGAGAGAGCCAACUUGCUGCUCUUCACCUAUGAGCAUGGCAGCUUGCAGGUUCUGAGUUACAUACGUACCAAUGGGGAUCCACUUGAUGCCAGCUUUAGCUCAUGUAAUCCUUAUCAGAUUCAUACUGUAGAACACGCUUUCAGUGCAGACCACGAGCCCAUGGCUGACAGCUGCGUCUAUGAGUACGUUAAGAAUAAAAUUCAGUGUGUGGCAGUCACUAAAAUACCACUGCUAUCAAAGGCCGUCAGCUGCUGCCGGAACAUUACAGAAGACAAACUUGUUCUGGGGUGUGAAGAUUCUUCAAUAGUCCUAUAUGAGGCCUACCGUCAAGUAACUUUAUCAGCACAGGCAGAACUAUUGCCUACCUUAAUGUGUUGCCACCCCAGUGAAGCCAUAGUCCUGGUUGGUAGUUCACAAGGGGAACUUCAGCUGUUUGACAUGGCACUAUCUCCAAUUAAAAUGCAGGUUUUAGCUGAAGACUUCUCAACCAAGUCAACUUUGCAGUUCAGUGAACAUUUUGAUGUAUCCAGCAGCCUCAUCCAGAUCCAGUGGGCUGCUCCUAAAGUUUCAUGUCCAAGUAUGGAUGAUGUAGAUAUCCAUGAUCUUCUCUUACUUAAGUUUGACAAAGGACCUCUUGGAGUGCUGCAUUUUAAAGUUGGUGUCAUCCCAAGAGGCCAGCUUGGCCUUGUAGAAAUCAUCCAGGAGUAUAUUCAUCAGAAUGAGAUACAUGAGGCAAUUAAUAUCCUGAGCAGCAUGAACUGGAACAUAAUGGGCCAUCAAUGCUAUAUAAGCCUAAGUGCCAUACUAAACUAUCUUCUCAGACAAAAGCUGAAUCUUACAAGAGAAGCUCAGCUGGAGGCAAGCCUCAGAACCUUCUAUGCACCAACAAGGCCUCUCUCUGAGACAACUGUGUUGGAAUACAGGGACCAGAUCAGCAGAUAUGCAAGAAGAUUCUUCCACCAUCUGCUCAGGCACCAAAGAUUUGAAAAGGCCUUUCUGCUUGCUGUUGAUAUUGGUGCCCGGGACUUAUUUAUGGACAUCCAUUACUUUGCCCUAGAUAAGGGUGAAUUGGCACUAGCUGAAGUGGCAAAGAGAAAAGCUAACGACAUUGACACAGAAUCAAUAACCACUGGAGUUGAGAUUCCAGGCCAUAUGGACAGAGACGAUGCUUUGAGUGACACUUUUGUAAACCUGACUAUACAGCCACAGGAGGACCAGAAAGUUCAGGACAGUCUCCCAACCUCCAGUGCCAGCGCUCGAUGUUUCACACAUGCGACAUACAACAGCUCUACAAGAUCUACUUUUUCUAAGGAGACAGACAAAAGGGACUGUGAAUUUGUAACUGGCAAUUGCACGGCUCCACAGGUGGACAAACCUGCAUCUUGGUGUCGGACUGAAACUCCCGAGGAAACACGUGAUGGACAGGAAAUCAGAAGUGGCUCCAUCGAAGUGGUGCAUUUUGGCCUGGUAUAAGCCAAAAUCUUAAUAGUUAAGAUCUUGAGAGAAAAUCAGGAGGACCCCUACACACCAAUUGUUGAGAAUUUUCAACCUCCUUAUUUCAAUCGAUUCUGUAAUAGAGUUCAAAUACCGUAUUUACUUGAGUCUAAUGCGCCAUCAAAUCAAUUUUCAGAACCUUGAAACAAAAAAAAAGUAUUUGCCGGUGAAUGUAAAUGUACCAUCGAAUCUAAGUAAUCUUAAUUUCUGCAACGUAAUUUGGCCAGAACAGGUAAGUAUUAGAUUCGAGUAAAUAUGGUAGCAGUAAACGCUCAGCACUUUUAGUCCCAUUUAUUUCUAUGGGAGAAAGUUCAGCAAGUAGACAUAAUGUCUGAAUGUAGACAUUCAGUCAUAAAGAAACCCUCUCUCUCUCUCUCUCUCUCUCUCUCUCUCUCUCUCUCUCUUAUACAUAUACACAGAUACAGAGAGAAAACAGCUUUGCAACUUUAUUACAAGGAAGUCCAGCAAAUGCUGCAAAUAAUUACACAGUACAAAUACUGGAUAUAAUAGAGGGACAGUUAUAUGAGGUAUUUUUGGAAAUGAAUCCAGGACUGCUGCCCUAAAGUGGGUGGCUUUUCUACCAUCUGAUAGCACCUUUGUUCCAGGUUCACAAAGGCCUAGACAUGUCUCCUCAGAAGUAAAUUCUACCUAGCUAAAUGGGGCUUGCUCCAAGAUAAGCAGGUAUACAAUUACAGCCUGAAUAUCUUUUAAGGCAGCCCAUUCCCUUGAAGUUUGCAAAUACUUGUUCUUCUUUGCCCAUCUGUGCAAAUCCCUAAAUUUUAUAAUGCCACAAAUUGCAAAAUAAACCCUGUAUACAUCAAGGCCAACAGCACUGUAUAGUUGUCACACGUAGGGUAAUGAAGACCAUAAACACAUGCACAAAUUGGGGACCUGUUUGAGACCCUGUGAAACUUUUCUUCCCAGUUCCAGAAACUGACAGCAUAAAUAAACCUUCAUGAGGGUGUGGUAAAAAGAUUCAUUCAGAACUGGAAAGUGGCUUCAGCUUCUCAUCUUCAAAGCCACAUGGAGAUGGACCAAGCCCACCUUUCCCCCAGCUCCUGAGCCACAGGUCUGGAAGGUCAGUCAGGGCGGUGGAGCUCUGAAAGGAACUUCAUGCAGCAUUAAAAUGUUAUGAAGGAGAAGGUAAUUCAAGAAUACGGACAGACCCCCUUUCCCUAUCUCUGCCUUCUUACCUCACAUAAGCAUAAACAUAAUCCAUAGUGGCAAGAGGAGCAGUUAAAAGAAAUCUCAGAAUUUACUCCUCCCUCCUUUACGACUACAGCUUUGAAUUUCCACUUAAGGCUUUGCAAUAGAUAUUCCAUAACAUUCUAACAGAUAGCAUCUUCACUCAGGAUACCUCUGCAAAAAAUCAUCCUUUAACAGCCAGUACAAUUCUUUGAAGAAAAAUGCCCUCCAUUUUCCAGUACAUCCAUAUCAGUUUAGUUGAAUAACCAUUAUUUUCCCCUUAAAAAGCCAUGGUGUCUCUAAUAAUCUAACCUUCUAUAGAAUUAUUCAGCUUUUUCAGGCAUUAACAGAAAAUGGACUGGGGGGAAUCUUAUGCUGCAUUUUGUCAUAACUACAAUUUGUACUCUCCUUUUAAGAGUAGUUUCCUCCUGACAUUAUUCAAUGCAUUUUUUUCUGGUGUUGUCUGGAGACAUGUAUAAUAUAAAAUGAUCUUAACUGUGGUCACACAAUUUAAAACUAAAGUUAUGUUGAGUUUAGUUAUAUACUUAAUUAGUAAUAUUGCCAAAUAAAGAGAGAUAAAAUUAUUUUUAUACUUUGCAAAGAGUCCUUGUCAAAUCUGUAUCUAACCUUGUGGAUGAUGGGUUUAGUAGCAAGACUGAGGGAAUAAUGCAUAGAGACUUGUCAGUAAUAGUCUGAUGAACAUAUUAAAUCCAUGCUGAAAUGCUUAUGUCCUCAGCAGACAAAAAGUAGCAAAAUGCGUAAUAUUUUCAACACUCACUGGUCCAGUGGCCGAGAAAUACAAGACCUAUGAGACAGAGACAUAAUUAACCAUGUAAUAGUCCACCAUAUAUCACUGCAUAUAGAAAUAAAAUUGUUACUGUGUGUUUUCUUUCAAUGACAUGAGGAGAGCAUGUGCCCCAUAAGGUAUAUUUAUAUAAAGGCACUUUCUGCAAAGGUCUAUGCAGUCCAACAACAGAUCAAGGUAGCCUUUUGCUUGUUCAGCCUAAGGAUUCUGAAAUGCGCUACUUCGCCAUAGAGCUAUUUUGCUGAAUUGCAGCCAUAUUUCUGUCAGUACAAGUGAAGGUCUAUAUGAGGGAUUAAUCUGACACCAGACAGUGAUCUUUAAUCCUUCAGUAUAUCAUAAUCUAUUUACUUUGCAUGCUAAGAGGAUUUUGGUUUUAAAAUACACAGGAAGUGAUGCUAGAAAUGUACAGAAGAUCAGGAAGGCCGUUUCCAAAAUAUCUCAGUUUUUAAUAAAAUCCCUUUAUAGAUUU